AAUCGGAUCGAGACCGUUCCGUUAAAGCUACCAUGUAAUGUUUACUUCUUUCGAACAACGGCGUGUUCUCCUUGGCUAACACUGUUGGAGAUCGCAGAUGCGGUAUCUAAUGUCGUGUAAAUCACAUUUUCCCUGCGAGACAGUCGUUAAAACCACGGAAUCCUAUUUGCAUCGGCAGUAUUAGUGGUUCAUCCUGCGGUCCGUGUUCAUAAUGGCGAUGUUCCGCAGUUUUGUGUCUGCUGCUCAGCUCAGGCAGCAUCAGCAGCAAAAUGGAGCCGCAGCAGCCGCACCUGGGGAAAGCCUGGAGAGCCAGUUCUCCUGUCCCAUCUGUCUGGAGGUGUACCACAAACCUGUCAGCAUCGCAAGCUGCGCCCAUACUUUCUGUGCGGACUGUCUACAGCCGUGUCUGCAGGUGACAUCGCCUCUCUGUCCACUCUGCCGCAUGCCUUUCGAUCCAAAAAAAGUGGACAAAUCCUCCAGCCUGGAGAAGCAGCUCUCUUCGUAUAAGGCACCAUGUAGAGGGUGCAGCAAAAAGGUCACCCUGGUCAAAAUGCGGUCGCAUAUUUCAUCUUGCACAAAGGUUCAGGAACAGCUGGCCAAUUGCCCAAAGUUCAUGCCUGUGGUCCCCACCUCACAACCCAUUCCCAGCAAUAUUCCAAACCGUUCCACAUUUGUGUGCCCGUUCUGUGGCGCUCGCAACUUGGACCAACAGGAACUAGUGAAGCACUGCAUGGAUAACCAUCGCAAUGACCCCAACAAAGUGGUAUGUCCAGUAUGUUCAGCUAUGCCUUGGGGUGACCCCAGCUAUAAGAGCUCCAACUUCCUGCAGCAUCUUCUCCACCGGCACAAAUUCUCCUAUGACACAUUUGUGACAUAUCAGCCGUCAUACCACACCAGCUAA